AUGUCAGACAUUGAAAAUGAAAUGGAUGCGCGGUUUGAGGUAUAGUAAAUUGUCCUUCUUACACGAGCCUUUUUGUUGUUUUUUUAAACAAAUCUAUUCAAUGUUAAGAUUAUCUCCCACAAAUUUAAAUUUUUGAGUAGAUUCAUUUCCUCAAGAACUUCUUUAUUGUUUCCUUUAUAAUUGUUUCAUUAGGAGUUGGCAGAAAUUAUACGGAACGAAAGCAAGCCAGGAACUCGAAAGAAUUCUUCAAAACAUAGAAAUGAUAAAGAGGAAAAGUUCAAGGCACGUACAUAGCUUCAGUUCGGACAAACUGAUCAUAACUUUGUAAGGGCAAAAUUUCAAGCCCCAUAACCCUGUAAAUUUUUUUUUUUUUGGCCAAGCCGUAUCUUGCAUGCCUCAACAAACGAAAUAGCUACGACAAAAAGAUGCAUGGAAAAUAAAAAGCGUCAAAGCUAGUCUCCCAUUUUCUGAAGCCGUGUUCUCCUUAGAAGCUCAUUCAUUGGUUCUUUUCUUCUGUUCCAACCCUCGUACUCACUUUUUUACAUUGAUAUUUUAAUUUCCAGGAACCAGAAACACUCAAGAAUACAAGACCUGCUGCAGAAAAUAGAAACGAAGCCAACGAAGACAUUGUAAGAUUCAAAUGAAUGAUGUAUUUCUGCAUCACUACAUGUCUAGUAAAGGAUAAAUUUUGCAAUUGGGCUAUUGGGCGUUUUAAGUUGAAAGACAGGGUCAUUGUGUGUUGAAUUGCACUUUGGAAAUGUUUGUAUAACAUAUUUCGACACACUUUGCUGCGCAACUUUGUAAAAUUCAAUCAAAGAAGCCAUGGCGUCCAUGAAACAGUCCCAUAGUGCAAUACGACACCAUAUGACCCAAUCUCUCACUCAGCUACCAAAUAGCGAAUGAAUUAAAUUUUCCUUUCCCCCGCUCCCAAUAUAGGGUCUGCUUGGUAUAGGUUUGACUUUAUUUCAUUUUUCUUUUCUUUAUACCACAGGGAAAUAAAACAAGUUAUGAUCAAAAUGAAAGUGAAAGUCAUAAAGAACCAUCCAAGGACGCAGACGAAGUAUGUCACCGAAUUACUCUGGCUCAUUGUUCGGAUUAAUACCAUACGCACGGCCUGUCUUUAAUGGAAUUUUCAAAAACAGCCUGUUGGCCGUUCAGCUUGAAAAAGUCCCCAGCGUUUUUGGUAGAAUUCUACUAAUUUAGACAAACAUCCUUAAAAGCUAAAUGCAAAUAAUGGACUUUAAUUCUUGUUACCUUUCCGAAUUCUUCAUCACUCGAGAUAACAAUUAUCCUACGUUAAUGAUAAAAAGUUAUCUGUUUUUCAGAAAACGGCAGACUCUUCGAAUGACGACCCUCCAAGCCAACAAAAGAUAACAGAGGAAGAAAAUGAAAAAGUAAGUAUGCCGUCUGGUGGGGGCGAAAACAAUUACAUGCGCUUGUUGGUAGUUUCUCGGUGUUGGGGAUUGUGCAAACCAAAUGAUAUCGUAAAAAAGAUCGAAAAUACACUGACCCAACAACAACAAAAAACAAUACUUAGCCAACAACGUCUUUCGCAACACACCCACUUGGUCAAGUCAUUAGUUUGUGACGGAGUCCUGAAUGGAAUGUAUUUGUUUGUAGAAUUCGUUCCUCAACAAGUAUUUGAGUGAAAGUGAAUCAGAAGACGAGGAAAUACUGCAAGAACCUGAGAAAAAGAAAAAUGAAAAGCAAGCAGAAAGGUACAACCCUUGACUUCCGGAGUAGAAGUAAUAUAUCAAACAUGAGACGCAGUGUUUCAUCACCAGAUGAAACACCGAGAAGAGAGUUGAAAAUACGACGCGCAGCGGAGUAUUUUUGACGAACUUCGAGGUGUUUCAUCUGGUGAUGAAACACUGUGUCGAAUGUUUGAUAUUUCUUCUCAAACAAAAUCAUUUUUGAAGGAGAAAUUAAGGAUGCAAAUACUAAGCAGUGUUUCAUCCGAUUUCCAAACACUCAUUAAACAUUAAUUUCCUUUGUAUUUUCUUAAUGAAUUAUUAAUGAGUUUGAGAACCUAAGAUAAAAAUGGUACCCGUAGAAAAAACUUUUUUCACAAUUGAUAUCUCAUCGAGCUGUCUAAGUAUUUUAAGAAACAAAACAUUUGACAACUUAACCUAUUUGCCUAAGCAUUAGAAGUUAGCUUUAGCGCAAUUUGCUUAUUUGUCACAGGCGUGAUUUGAAACACCUUAGAAUACUCAAAAUCGCUUUGUGCAAAUAGAAGCGUCCUGAGUGUCGACGCUUGAUUGGAGGCACGAGCCAGGAGGCAAUUAAGGGAAGUUUGAAAAGUUGUUGGCAAGAUAUAUCGGUGAGGCCUUCGAAUCCUGACCUUUUCUAACAAAAAAGCUGUUCAUUUCACUCUCCUCAGUUGUAUCCUAUUAAAGACAUGAGAGGCCUAGGCCAAAUGUCGAACUUUUCAUGAGACGAACCAAACUUAGUUAAGGUAAGUUCGUCUGAAUGAGUUUGGAUCGUCUAUAUCCGUCUGCGUUAGACAAAGAGAGGACGUCUGAACGUCUGAGUGUUUGGUUCGUCACAUCAAAAAGUCGAUGUUUAGCCUUGACCAGGCUUUUUUUUUGCCCUAUUCAUUUCAUUUCACAUACCUUGGUUAAGAAUGCCAGUAGGCUCGAUUACCAGCCGCUGUUCGGGAAAUGAGCCCGCCCUCCUUGGUCGAACAGCUCGGGGAGAACCGAGAGAGCAGCGGAAAUCGAGGAAAGCGAGACUGCCAGUCCAGGAAAGAUACCCUGUUCAAGACGUUAAAUAGUGAAAUUAUGCACCCUGCAUACGACUGGCGACGUCUAAACUACACUUUCAGGGAUUACAUACAUGUUUAGACCAACAAGGGAUCGCUCCCAAGGAAACGAUAGACUAAGGGCUUAGGUAUGCAAGGCCAUGUGAUCCAAACAAGCGUAUUAAGAGUAUAGAGCGUUUUCAUUCACCUGGCCAGCGUCUAUGCAAAUUCAUUGGAACAAAGGAAAGCGUUUACAUAAGAAAAGAGUUCAUCUCCCACAGGACUGGUUUCGAAAACCAACAUGGACGCCAUUCCAUUGUUUUGGAACACCAAUAUGGCCGCCGUGACGUCAUGUAGAUUAAUUUUGUUUCCAUCAACUUUUUUUCUUGUUUUAGCAGGAAGCCUGAUAAAAAGAAAGUAAAAAAGAAAACUAAGAACUCAAAACCACCAACUCAGCGAAAGCCUUCUCAGAGGUGGAAAAACUUAAGACUUGUUGUUGGAGAUGACAGGUAUGAACACUUUUAAAGAUAACUCCAAAUUGGCAGAUCUAGCCUUCUUCGCCUGUACUACCGGUGCCUAAUACAAUGAAACGGACUAAUCUAAAUAAAGUACCGUAGAACUUCGGCACUGGUAACUUAUUAUAUUUAACACUAUUGCAGUGAAGAUGAGGAGAAACGAGUCUUAAAACCUCCACUUAAAGUAAAGCCAACUCGCAAGGAAAGGUAACGUGUAUGUUUGUGGGCAUAUUAGUCUGUUCAUAACCUUUUAUUUGCUCUUAACAGAUCGGCAAGCUCAUGUUCGAAAAUAAACACCAUGGAGACGGAAGAGGGAAACGGGGGGGGGGUUGGUGACCUCUAGGGAUGGGUUAAUAUAAUAACUAAAACUGCAUGUUUAAGUCAAAAGAACUGCCAUCUAGUUGAUUCUUGGAUAAAACCCACAGAUUCAUACAGUGAAAAGUUCAAGAAGUGAUAUUUCAAGAGAAGUUGAGUUCAUUCUAAUUACAGGCUGAACCCACGGUAUGUUUAACCGCACAUUCAGUAUUUUAACUGCUCUGAUUACAUUGUUGCGUUUUGCAUAAAGUCAAAAUAAUAGGCAAAACCUACACAGACGGUCCACAGUUUCCAGAAUUCCAACCGCUCAGGCAGAGAGCUCGACAGAGAGCGAGGAGGAAGAUGACCGAGUGUUAGACGGCAAAGUGGUGAGCCCGCAAUAGAUAAGACCAGCAUUAGUCGCUUUUCGGUGCAGCAUACGUGCGCUCGAGCGUAGCCUUUGAAGUAAAAAGAUAUCUUCAAUCGGCUAACUUCUAAAAUAUAAUAGCAUAGGCUAAUCGAGGCAAUAUGGUUAUCUAUCCCUCCGACAAAUUUUGGAAGUCACGUGACUGUACGUCCGCCCGCCCGCCCGCCCAAGUUUGUUGUUUGAAUCUUUUAUAAGUCAAUCAACGGGAGCUUCACUUUCAACUUUAGUUGUAGUACUUGCCUCGAAGUUUAAGACUGCUAUUUGCAAUUGGAAAUGCAAUAGGUAUAUAUAGGACAAUAUUAUUGAGACCUAUUACAAAUAAAUUUUUUUAAGAGGUGUUUUUAUACAGAAAAAACGUAUUGGGGUGCACUAGACUUAGUAAACGCUGCUAUACUAGUACAAAACAUGAGUUAAAAAUUUCCCUGUUGAAGAGUGGGUACGAAAAGAGUUGAAUGAAAUCCAACUAGGUCAGAUCAGCGUUACCAACUCAGAUUGGGCCUUUAUGGGGAAAACUGCUCAAACGAAUACAUGGAUAAGUGAUGAUUACUAUAUUUUCUUGCAGAGUGAACUGAUGAUUUUUUUUUUUGGUUUGUGCAGGGUGUGGCUGACCUUCCUUCGGAGUAUUGGCAAAUACAAAGGCUCAUCAAGUUUUUGAAGGUGAGAGUGUCAUCGCUGAUCAAACAGUGAAUAAGGGAACCAACUGACAACUCGAAGCAAGAAAAGGCCACAAACAAGGGAAAACAGUACGGCAUAAUGGCGUGGAAGUGGCGCAUGAAGAAAGACUGCUGGCUUUUUCAUGGUCGUACGGAUGUUGGAGACGAGUGCUGAGCGAAAGGGUCAUGGGAAGGCAAAAUUCCCCUCUUCGGACCCCUCCCUUCGCUCUCGCUUUCCUGAAUAGAUAACUAAAUAUCCCCGGAUAAGCGAUCUACUGGGGAGAAAGCAGUGGCGAGAGUAACUUGUUGAAAGACCCUCUCAAGUUAAACCUGUUUAAAUCCUGUUUUUCUAGAUUGGUAACCAAGUCGCCACGGUGAUUACACUGUGUUCUCUGACUGACUUUAACUUAACUCAGGAGAUGACACAGAUGGCCAUCAGAGAUGUUAAUGGACUAGCAGUUCUUGUCAAUAUUCUUAGAACUGAUCACAUUAAUUGCCAGGUAAAGAAAGAGGGACUUCCUCUAACAGGCUUCAAGGUGGGGCUGCUCCCGAAGAGGUUUUUAUUCAAGCGGGGAGGGGGGUGGGGGGUGGGGGUGGGGAUUACACGAUAUGAGGUAUAGACAAGGGCAAGUAAAAACCCUGCCAUUUAGGCAUUCAAUAAGGACCUUUCAAGGUGUCAGGAAUAACCCCCCAAACGCUGAUCAGUUGAGGCUAGUUUCUCAACGCUUCCUCAGGGUAGAAAAGGUAUACAAUAUUGUCAAGCUGUAGGAAAAAGAAAAGAUUACCACUUCUGUGGAAGGGAUAUAAAAGGGCUACCGUCGGGAGAAAUUGUUGUAUGGAGAAGUGUGGACAGUGGCCUGUGAUGGAGUACAUCCGCGCAACAAUUUGUUGUCUACCCCGCCGCGCCCCCUCCCCCAAUGACCAGAUACUUCCAUGGUUUGCUUGGUUAUGUCUCCCUAAAUUUUAGUGAUAUAACCAUCAUUCAUAUAAUACCUAUACCCCGCCCCUCCCCCCUGAUGACCGGAUACUUCCAUCGUUUGCUUGGUUAUGUCUCCCUACAUUUUACUAAUAUAACCUAGUAUCACCUAUCAUCUAUAUAAUAAAAAAAUAUCUGUGCUGAGACUUUACAGGUAAGUAGUAAAUGCUUAUUUCCUCUUAUCAAAGUCCCGGCAGACUGUUUUAAAGACAUCGCGAUUGUCAAUAAGCACAUAGUCGGCAAUGGAGGUCGAGAAUAAAAAACAACUGAGUGUUUAUCAGGGUCUAAUUCAGAUCUUUUGUUUUUGCUCAAUAGAUUGGUGCGUUAAAGGUUCUUCGACAGUUAACAUUAAACAGUAAAUACAACAGGCGAGCAGUAAUUAACAUAGGAGGUAAUUAUAAUUUACAGUCUUGGUCUUAAUAUUCCACUUUCCUCCCUCCAACUUCCCUCCCUUAAAUUUUCCACUUAACUUAAGGGACGAGAUUGAUCCUUCCUGUCCUUUCUUCCUUUGCUUUUCCACCCUUUCUCUUUUUCUUCUUCUUCUUUCCAAAAUUUCUUUUUCUCUUUCAGUAGUUUCCUUUUCCAAUUCUGUCUUACUUUUCUCUCAGCCCCUUUCGUCUUUAUUUUUCCAUCCUUCCCUUCAUUCACUUUCAUCUUUCCUUAAAUUUCCCUUCUUCCUAUCCGUUCUCCCAUAUCCCGCAGUUUUCCUUAUACAGUCGAACCUCCCGUAAGCGACCGCCCAAAUGCAGACUUAGUCGUCGUUUACGAGAGGUGGUCGCUUAUAAUCGAACCACAGGGGGCCUCUUCUGAGAGGUCUGGGCACAUCUACUUUAUGGAAGAUAAAUUAUUGCAAGCAAUUUCUAAGUUACACCAUGUGUAGUUCCAUUUUGUUAAAAAAAUUCUUCGUAUAUUCAAAGCAGCACAGUACGCACAGCGAACAUAGACAUCAGAGAAUGUGUCAAGUUAUCGCUUACAAGAGGUUAAAAACCAUAGGAAAUCAUUAACCUUUCAGGCCCAAAGAGUGGUCGCGGUCGCUUACAGAAGGUAGUCGUUUCCUAGAAGUUCAACUGUAAGGCUUUGACUGGGAAAGUUUCGGUGUUUUGGAUAGGCAGUCGCUUAUUGGAGGUGGUCGCUUACGAGAAGUGGUCGCACACGGAGGUUUUGACUGCAUUCUUCUACUCCGUUCCACAUUCCUUCCUUCCUUCUUUUAAUUGCAUGCCGUAGUAUAAUAUCUAAUUCGAAUUUCAUCACCCUUAAGUUGUUCAGAUUUUGAUUGAUCUCAUCGACGAUGCUCGUGCACAGGGAGUCCAAGGUUUAGCCGCAGCUAAUCUGUCGAACAUGGCCAAGUCGAGUUUGGGACGAAAUAUUCUAAAGCGACAUGACGGGAUACAAAAACUCGUGAGUAUUCGAGGAGAUGGGAAACCUUUUGCCAGAAAUUUUCCUAACGGAAGGUUCUAAAAAGAUUUAUGUUAUCUUUUACACUCGCGUUUAUUCUUCCCGACGGAGUAUUCUGAGGGCUGUCCAAUAUACCUGUCCUGUAAUAAAGGUCCGUAUAAACCAUGUUACGAUCCAUGCUUGUAUGGACCGAGAAAUUCUGUUAGAGCGUGCUUUUUGCGCUUUAUGGGUUAUAGAACAAGAAAUGUUACAUUUGGAACGUGCUUGAUUCGCUUCAUAUAACGAGGAGUUUACGAUCCAUAUCAUUCAAGUACUCCAUAUGUACCGCACGAACCGAAUCACAUUAGGACCAUUCAUACGAGGAAAAAUAAGACGCGAACUGUACCAUUUAUACGAGCAUGUCUUAUCUAAUAAGACGCGUCUUAGCUAAGCAUCGUCUUAUUUUAGACGAAAUGUGCCGUUUAUACGGAAAAUUCGCGUCUUAUUUAAGACGCGUCUUAUUUAUCCCCGUAUAAAUGGCCCUAUUGUGCCCUGAUGUAAUGACGCAUGAGAUGCACGCUUCGUAAGAGUGCUCAGAAUAUCGACUGGUAACGAUGCUAAGAGUUUGUACAGAGGUAGGUACGAUCCGCGGUCAACGCGGUAUUAGACAUGACUGGAGUAUUCAACAGCUUCAGCAGAUUUUGCUUAAGGCCCCUUACACACAUGUAACCGAAGAAUUUUCAUCAGCACACUGUUUCUGUUUCUUUCUUUCUUUUGUUGUUGUAGGUGGAUUUACUAAACUACGAAGAUGGAAAGGGACGCCGCCCAGACAACCAGUCACCAGGCCAAGACGGGGCAAAACUAGAAGUUGCGCGUAAUGCCGCGCUUGCGCUGUGGAGUUGCAGUAAGAGCACGCGCAGUAGGUUUGUGACGUAACUAGCCAUUACCAUUUUUGGGUAUCAGUUUCGUGCGUUGUGAUUGGUUUAGGCCAAAACCAAAAUAAAGUAAAUGUCGCCGAGAGGACUAAGAUGAAUAUAAGUUAAAUAGUUUUUUUUAAUGGAGGCCAUAUUGCAACACAUUGAUGAUGCUUGUUGCACUUUAAGUUCUUCAGUAUCGUCUUUCACGCUACCAAUAGUCGAUCAUUUUAGCGACACCCACAAAGACAUAGCGCCGAUAAUAUUUAGCAAUUGUCUCCCUUUCAGUUCCGGUGACAUUUUGUCUGACGUUGACGUCGUGGUUUCAGAGCAUUCUCUUUACUAUUUUCGCACGACAACGAGUGAUUGAACCGGAGAGACAAAAGUUUAUCCUUGUUAUUCUGACUGCAAUCAGUAGCCCUUAUAUUUACCGAGACUGCGGCAAGCAUCUUAUUUUUCUUUUGAGUCACAGUAGAUCGAGAGCACGCGUGAGGGCAAGCGGCAAAGCAGCGAGGAACGAAGGCAGAAGCCCUUCCAUAAUUUUACUUUUCACUCCCCACACUCGAUCACCCAAACUGUCUAAGAUGCACAAUGUAGAAGUGUACUGUACUCUUAUAUGAAGAUCUCGAAUUGCUUCUGAUGCAGGUCAGCAAUUUACAAGGCUGGCAGCGUGCCUUUACUCGCUAAACUCAUCAAGCUGGACAAAGAGGAAUUUCUUAUUCCUAUAGUAGGCUUGGCACAAGAGUGCGCUGUGGAGGUAAACUAUAAAGUAAAUGGACUGUAGAGUACCCUAAGACAGCUCCGUCUGGAAAUAAGUUUGGUGUUUCGCUUGGUGAAACGAUUCAUUUAGACACAAAGAACAACUUCCUUCUGUUAUUUUUCACGCCAGGGAGGUCAGCAUUUAUUUUUCUCUUUGCUUGCUUUGCAUGAGCGGAUUUAGGGGAGGGCUGAGGGGGAAAAAUAAAAAGUAUCCAAAAUAGAGCUUUUAAGUGUCCCGGCCACCCCUUUCCGAAUUUUCUGGAUUCGUCCCUGCUUUAGCUCUGUUUUAGAUAUCAGGUUACCCGAGUUAGCAAAGACAGAUAUCUAACAAUUCAACACCUAUUUCUUAAAUACCCUCCUUGCAUACGCAAAUAGCAUCGUAUUACUAAAAAGCAUUGUAUAUAAGGAAGCAGAUGAUAAUAAUAAAUUAGCCUAGUGGGCGUGGUGAGGCGUGGGGGACGAAUUGAUACCCGAGCUACAUUGCAUCAUCCGCUCUUUUUCUUCCAUAGUCUCGUUUCAGGGAAGCUUUUUACAAGGAGAAUAUAAUAGCAGCUAUUGUUCGUCGGCUGCAAACAGAUAAUGAAGAGCUCCAAGGUUACUGUGCCAAUGCAAUAUUUAAGGUGAGUUGGCGACCACUACAUUGACUGAGUCAGGUUUUCCCAUUACCCUCCCCUCCCCUCUAAAAUUAAUGGUUCUAAAAGAGAUUAUUGUCCCAAGAUUUGUCCCAACACUUUUACGGUCAUGUAGAAGACGCAUUGGAGAUUUUUCUAUACUAUUUUAGAAUUAUUUUUGGUGCACAAUUCCGAUAUUCUCAUGACAUUUUGCUUAAGUAACUAAUCAUAUCAUCGAAAGAUAUUAGAUGCUGAUCACUAAUAGUGCUCAAAGGGUUGCAAGAAGAUAAUGUUAGACCCGUGUCGAUAAUUUUCCCGCCUUUCAUCGCAGUGUGCAGAGGACGAAGGCACGAGGAAAGCCGUGUAUGACUGCGGAGGACUGGACACACUCGUUUCACUCCUCUCUCGCCAAGAUAACAAGAAGCUGUUGGCCGCAGUGACAGGAGCUAUUUGGAAAUGUGCAAUAAGUGAAUACAAUGUAAAAAGGUAUGAUACUGUACUGAUACACUGGAAGAGGCCAAGCGAGUAGAAGGACUUGCUUUGAGGACUUGGAAGUGGUGUUUUCUCAAGUUAAGUUUAUAUGGGCUUCCGAGAAUAGCAUGUCUACAGGCAAAACGACUUGUUUAUGUCAGAACUUGAAAUAGUAAACCGAAUUCCACUAGAGAGGUGACCAGUUGUCUGCCUUCAUCCUCUUAUUCUCGCGCAGUGGAUCCAUCACCGCGCAUAAACAGGAAAAUUAAUUCCAUUACGAAAGUUAAGAUAAGAUUUAACUUUCAGAGUUCAACUUGUAAAUUUGGCUAGUGUUUUACCAAUUUCAAAGAAAUGCAAAGUCUUCGUUACCACCCGCUUGUUAGAGGAAAUUAGUUGAUUUCAAGCGGUUCUCAUGAUUUCGUGCAGGUGGGACGGAUGUACUUGUAGGAACCCACUUUUUCUUUGCUUUCUCCUAUUCUCUUUCGUUUUCAUUUCCAUGUUCAGUAUUUCGCUUAUUCAUACAUAGUCUUGAACCUUAUGUCAUGAGCUGAAAGACUAGGCGUUAUUCCCUCACUCAGACUGAUGGAAGUCAACGUUGUGGAGACACUUGUUAAACUUCUUCAAGCAGAAGAAGAAACAGAGGAACUUCCGGAACAGGUUAGUUGCGCAGAUUGUCCAAAGUCACUCUUAACUACCCUGACUCUAAUGUUAACAAAAUAGAAAUGCAAAAAGUAAUUACCUUCUUAUUCUUAAAAGCUUUCAAACGAUACAUUGUAAGAUGAUGCUACAGAAAAGUCAUACUCCCUUUUAAACUUGUUUUUUGAAUUAGUAACUAUCGUGCGCUGUACCGGCACAAUCUCCAGUUUACAGUUUAAACCAAAACUCCUUGGCAUGGUUUGCAUCUCUUCUAGCCUUCCGCUAUGUUUCCAGUUGGCCACUUUGACCUGCAUCUCCUAUUGUUCUGAGGGCCGGGUUGGAAGUAUUGCUCUGCUUCCUAAUCUAUCAUUUGGUAAAACUAGCGUCAACACUUGUAAGUUGACACACGCCCCAUUUGACUUUCUAUCGUUUUCAUAACCCGAUUAAGGUUCAACUUCACAUUGUCGGAGCCAUCGCAGAACUUGCCAAAGAUCCCAGAGCUCCGCUGGAAAUGUUACGAUGCAAAGGCUGCAGGACUUUAGUUGACAUUCUCAACAUACCAAAUGAGGAACUCACCAGUACAGCGGCAAGAGCCAUUGCUGCAUGCGCGGUAGAAGUUGGCUGUCGAUCGUAAGUGGUGAUGGUGCUAUUCUUAUUUUUUAAAGAAUAUAUUCAUGUCCUUGGUGUUUUGUUUUUAAAAACGAUUAUGCUGUAGUUUCCACCGUCCCACAGAAAAGACUCAGAAAAAUUUUCAAUGUUUGGAAAUCAAUCUUUGGAAAAAAAAAUCGUUUAUAAUAGCCCAAGCACUCAACUCUUGGGUUACAAUCGAUUUAGAAAGUUACCAAUUUGUUUGGAAUUAGCCUUUUUUCAUAGAAAAUAGUCAAAUUUACAAAAGGUAGCACCAAACAGGUUUGUCAAGUGAAACAAAAGCAGUUUCCAUGUUUAAUGUUACAUCGCACAGCUUUUAAACUUACAAGUGUUUUUUGAUCUGGACUAGCUCAGUUACAUCUAAGUAAACUUUAUUUCAGAGUAUUCAAUAGAUUGGAAGGACUAAGACUUCUGUGGUCCCUUAUGAAGUCAAGAAACAACAAGGCGAGUAGUAUAUGAGUAUAUAUUCACGAUAUAUUGUGCUAAAAUGACAUUAGGUUACUUUUCGCAAACGAUCACAUAGCACUGAUUUGUCAGGUCAGUCCCUUUAAUACUAGUAGAUUAUUACAGUAGAUUUAAAGAAAACUAAAGGUUUUGCUUGAUGCUGCUGAUUUUUCAGGUAGUUUCUGGCGCAGCGUGGGCAGUGUACAGACUAAUGCAGGACACACCGGUACGGUAUACAAGAAAUUCGAACCAUAUGCACAAAUGUGAUUAUUGCAAAGUGGGCGAUUUCGCACAAGAAACUAUCUUGACUUCCGUUUAAGCCUUGUUGUAAUGCGCUUAGAGUUAACAAGAAAGUUUUAUCCUGGAAAUGCAAUCGUCCAAAAAAUUAAAUUGAGGAGAGUUUCAGAGUUUUCGGUUCACUAGCUACGUGAGGUCCCGUGCACAAACGUUUACUUAAACACAACUUUCAGUCACAUCCCUUCUUACUUACAUCAGGGUUAAAUUGAUUUCUGUAAUAAGAUCAAAUUCAAAUUUAUUCGUAGGAGGCCUGGGAAACAGCCCGAUCUUUUGUUGGAGGACUGGAUCUAAGUGUUCGCCUGCUUAAGUCACAUGACUUGGAGGUAAGUUGCAACUGUUCACUUGAAAAAGUUGCCAAACUGAAGACAACCAAGAGAAGUGGUUAUCCUUGCAUUCUUCCACAUACAUUAUACUCGAAAAGAAACCAUCACAGCCACUCAAAUAAUUUACUUCCGUUACCAUUUUACGUUGCACAUCGCAGAGGUAUAAAAUAUCUUUUCAACUAUUUCAGGUUCUUACAAGCGCAUGCGCAGUGAUAUCUAUCGUGGCCUGUGAUCGAGAGAACCUGGGCGUCAUCACAGAUUAUGGCGUUGUUCCUCAUUUGGCUCAUCUUACGCACAUGGUAAGAAGAUAAUCCGCUGUACUAAUUUAAAACUGCUCUAGCAGCACAUUCUUUGAGAUGAAUAAAGGGUUUGUUUACUUUUAGCGAUUUAGCUGUUAUCAUCAAUAGACUUACGUCAGCAUUGAGAUUUCAUCGUUGGCAUUAUCAGUACUUCCCAUCAUCAUCACCAUUAUUAUCAUCGUUAUCGUCAUCGUCAUUGCUAUUGUCAUAAUCAUAGCCCCCUUUUAUAAAACGUGAAUCAUUGGAUAAUGCAAUUCUAGAGCUCUGAUUGGCUUAGCCGUCAUGGUAUAUGAGCCAUCAUACCAUGCUAUCCAAAUAUGGUAACUGUACGCGUCUGCUCAAAAUUAAAAACAAGCUGAAAAUAGGUUUUUUACACAUAAAGUCGGGAAGAAUUCUCGAUAUUUUGUGGACGUUUUUAAUAAAACAAUUAUUCCACUCGCGCUUGUUGGAUAUGAGGUGAUUAUACCCAACUCGGCGCUACGCGCCUCUUUGACUAACAACCAUCUCAUAUUCAACGGGCAGUCGUGGAAUAGUUGUUAAAUACAUCAGUAUCUCUCCUUUACUAUCGCCGAUCGCCAUGACCAUCAACACUAUAAACUCUAAAAGCUGUAGUUAUUCCUAGUUGUCGUCGUCUUCGUAAUCGUUGUUAUUGUUGUUGGGUCAUCAGAGAUUUCGACACCCUGAUUAUAUACUCCCGGCUACCGUAUAUUCCUGAAAGCCAUGUUAUCGGCUAUAGUGUAGGUAUGCGCGGCUUAUUUGUCUUGAAAUGCAAGGUUUCUACUGGUUUUCUGCUUAGCGUGCACAUGCAAUGAUCGUUUUCACUUGAACGCGUUGCAUCAAUAACAUUUCUAUCAUCAGAGUCCAUUUUUUUUUCAAUUUUUUAGACUGACAUACGUCUAAGGCGUCACUUGGCUGAAGCUAUCGCUAUGUGCAGCAAAUGGGGCAACAAUGCCAAGCGCUUCUGUGACGAAGGUGCUGUCAAACCUAUGGUAGAGUACCUGGGAUCACAUGACAUCAUUGUGCAGCGGUCAGCAAUGCGGGCUCUUGAACAACUAGGCAAGAAUCCAGAAAGCUGCAUCAUAAUGCACCGGAGUGGAGUCGUCAAGGUAACGAACCUCUUUUCAAAGUAUCAUGACUUUUCCCUUGCUGAAUCAAAUAUUUACAAAGCACAUGAUUUCUCUGAACGUCAAGGCAAUAGGCAAAGCAAACGUCUAAAAAGGGUCCAGACACAACACGGGUAGUAAAAGGAGCAACACAGCUUCUGAACUGGUUUUGUAAAACAAGUUGAACGUUUCUAUUGCCCUUUUUACUGUUGCUAGCGUUACCAAGACCAAUUGCAUCCUGUUUUGAUUUUCAGCUCUUGUUGGAGAUGGUUGGUUCGGAUGAUGCAGGACUACAGGAGGCUGCAGCUGGAUGUUUAUUAAACAUGCGACAGCUAGCGAUGGCCAAUGAACGAGCGAGACAGGAGAAGGAAUCGAGGAACAGUGACUCGGAAGCUUAUUGA